UUCACAGUUCUUUAUAAUGGAAUAAUAGUGUUUUUUAGAUAUGUAAUUCUUUUAUAGUGUAUUUAGAAAUAUUUCAUUUUAUAUGAGUACUUUACUCUUAGAAGUUUUUGUGUGCAAAUUUUCAAUGGAUUUUCUUUUUCCCGCAAUGUUUAGAGAAGAGAGACUGGAACGUCAUGAACGAGCUGAACGCCAUGAACGUAUCGAACGUCAGAAAGAAGAAAGAUCAGAAAAGGAAAGACAGCUGGAUUGGCAGGAUCAAGAAAGGCUGGAGAAAGAAGAAAGAGAGAGAGCUCAAGAGGCUGUACAGCAACAUUUUGAAGAAUCUUUGCGUUUGGCAUUGCAGAAGCAACAGAAGAGAGACAAUGUGGGCUGGACCCCUGUUGCAACAAAUAAAGGGAUUGUUAGUAAAGGUAGAGAAAAUAGUCCAACAAUUAGUGUACAUUCAGCCCAAAGGUUGGCUGACGUAGAAAGAAUGCGGGACCAAGAGAAAGAAAGAAGUCAGAUGGACAGUCAUGUGCGUCAUGAGCAUGAAAGAUGGUUAGCUAUUGUACAGCAGCAAAGAAAUGAACAAAAUUCCAAUUCAUCUCAAAUUCAAGGAUAUUCUCCUGUAGAGCCAAGGUCCUUAAGAAAUGUUUCAAAACAGGAUUCACCUCAAAUGGCAAGCCAUGGCCCCUCAUCAAAACAAAAUCUCACCCCUAGUCCAAUUAGUUCCUCUGCGCCUCAAAUGAAAGAAAAGUUCAGCUUGUAUGGAUACCAACCAUUUCAACAUACGUACAUAACUCAUGCUCAAUUGAAAGCAAGAGAAGAGUCCCAAACCUCUUCCAGCAGUCAGUCUGUUCGAGUGCCAAGCAGCAAUCAACCCAAAUCAACUUUGCCUCCUAAGGGGGAAAAAGAUCCUCUUCCUGAAAGAUCUUACAGUCCAGGCUCAAGUCAUGAAAGAGCUAUUGCAAACCAAAUACCACCUAAGCAUCAGAUGAAAGUAAUGCUUCCUGUUCAUGAAAGGGGUAAUUCAAUGUACCAACCUGUUGUAGGUGGUGGUGGAGCUUUCAAACCUUAUGAAUUUGCAGUUAAUAGUAGUAGCCCUAUUCCUCCAGCACAUCAGAGCACAUCCUCAACAGCAGUUGGUCGAAUCACAUCACAGUAUCAGCAGUUACAAGAGCAACCUCAAAAUCUUGUAAAAGCAGAUUGCAAAUCUAAUGAAAAAACGGAUUCCAACUAUAAAUAUGAAACACGUGAAAAUAAACCUACAGGAAAUCCUGCCACAGCAUCUUUACCUCCUCCUUAUUCACAGCUGGGUAUUUCUAAAAGCACAUCUCCUGGCAUUACAUAUUCUUAUAGUCUUAUUCAACAAGGACUUGUUCCCAAUCCUAUGUAUAUAGCAUCAGCGCAUUCUGGUAAUGCUUCUAAUCCUAACACUCCUCCAGUGUCAUAUGCACUUCCUCAAGCUCCCUCCAAAAAUCCAAUGAACUCUGGAAGUCCUCCAUUAUCUCAACAAUAUGGACAUCUCAUUACAAAUUCAAAUGCUGGUACAUCAGUUUGUCGUCCAAGUUCAGCACCAUAUGCUAUGCCUGCAAAUCGCGUAAAUCGUAGCUAUUCUCCAGUGGCACACACUGUUCCUCAUUCUGUAAACAUGAACUCAAAUAAAAUGCAUAUGAUGCCAGAAGCUCAUCUAUCAAGUCGAGUUCAUUUUAAUGUGCAAGGUUCCAGUCAUAGAUCUCCUUCACCAGCACAUUUGCAUAUACCUCAAUCAAACUCUGGAGCUCUUUCUCCUCGCCAGUCUUCACCACAUUUGACUGGUCUACCCAGUCAUGCUGCAAGUCAGUUAUCAAACACUAACAUGGCAUCAUCUCCAUACAUCUGCAGUUCACCUUCAGAAAAUCAAGAAAUAGGAAGUGUUAUUUCUGGUAUUCCGUUAGUGAAGAGGAAAUUGGUUACUGAUGUAGUACCUAGAAAACGACCAAAAUCUAUUGAUGAUACUCUUAUGCCUCCUCAAUUACUGCCUCAAGUUCAGAAUUCAAGCAUAGAAGAUAAUGAAAAUGCCAUUGUCACUCCACCUCAUCUAAUAUCAAAUGCUCCUAUGUUAUCAGAACAUCAAGCAAUGGAUUCCUUAGGUUACGCAAAAUCAAACCCACCUUCGCCCAUGAUUUCUUCAAAUUUGAUCUAUAAAAGUGAUGCCAUUUCAACACCUCCUUUAAUGCCAGAUAUUAUCGGUGCAUCAGUAUCUUCUCAUUCAGAUUCCAUCAACGAGUCUGACUACUCUGGCAAAUCUCAAAACUAUACCGGUGGUCUUGGAAAGUUUAAAAUUUCUAAUAAAAACGGUGUUCUUGCAUUUUUUAAUGAAUCAAUUGAAAACACUAAUAAAUGUUCCUCUGGAUCAUCAGAAAUUUGUUCUGUUUCAACUGCAAAUACUUCUGAAGCCAAGGAAGAUCAAAUAGCUGGUACCAGUGUUGUGAUAAACAGUAACUCUUCCAUAUCUUCUAGUAAUACAAGUAGUAGCAAUCAUCCCAAGUUGAAAAAAGCGUGGUUGCAAAGGCAUUCUGAAAAUGAAGAUAAAAAGGUUUUACCUGAACAAAGCAUCGAAAUUAAAACUGAAUCGGCAGUUAAGUCUGAAUUUAAAAACGAUGUUAAAUCUGAAGCAAAACGAGAUAUCAAAGCAGAAACUAAAAGAGAGAGUAAAACUGAAGCCAAGCGAGAGAUAAAAUCUGAAGCCAAGCGAGAGAUUAAGUCUGAAGCCAAGCGAGAAAUGAAAUCUGAAGCCAAGCGAGAGGUGAAAUCUGAGGUCAAGCGAGAGGUGAAAUUUGAAUGUAAGCGCGAGACAAAACCUGAAUCUAAGCGAGAUAUUAAAUCUGAAGCUAAGCGAGAGGUUAAAUCUGAAGCUAAGCGAGAAAUUAAAUCUGAAACUAAGCGAGAGAGUAAAUCUGAAAAUAAGCUUGAAAUAAAACCAGAAUGUGACAUAAAACCAGAAAUAAAAGUAGAAACUAAGUUGGAAUUGAAGGUUGAAACCGAAGAAGAAGAUGUUCCUGAAAUAACAUUUGAGAUGAAACCAGAAAACAAAGUUGAAAUCAGAAGAACGCAAAUUACCAUAGAAUAUCAGCCAGACAAUAAAGUAGAACCUGAUCUAGAUAUGGAAGUCGAAGAUGCAAAAUCUGAGAACUCUAUUAAUGAAGGCUUAAUUUGUGAGGAGUCUCUGGAUGAUUCAAAAAUAGGAAGCAGUGAAGAUGGCAAUUUGGAAAUUUGUGAAGACUUUGCUGAUGUCGAAAGGAUUCAUGAAUUUUCCAGCUGUGAGUCAGAAAUUGACUUUGAUCUUAUAAUGAAUAAGAAAAAAAAUAAAAGUCGUAAAAGUUCCCCUAGUGGGUCAAGCAUAAAUAAAAAGCUGAAAACAAGUAACAAUUCUGAUGCUGUAGAUGAUCAACCUUCACCAAAAAAAGAAAAUAAGAAAAAAAACAACUCUUUUGAUAAAGAUUUAUGUUCCAACCCAACUUCAUCCUCCACUUCCCGGAAACGAGGACGUAAGAAAGGAAAAAAUAGCUCAGAUGAGAAUUCAAAGAAGAAAGAGUCCAAAAGUUCUGUUGCAACAAAAACUACUGAAAAACCUUCAGUAGCGUAUUUGAAGAAGACUGGAGAACCUUUUUUACAAGAUGGACCAUGCUGUGAUGUUGCUCCUCGCCUACCUAAAUGUAGAGAGUGCCGUAUGACACCACAUCAGAGGAGUAAAAAGAUGCCAAAUAUUUUCUGUAGAUUUUAUGCUUAUCGCAAACUUCGGUAUGGAAAAAAUGGAACUAUUUUGAGUGCUGGUUUCUCUGAACCAUCAGAUGCUUCAGAAGAAGAUUUAAAGCUAUGGCUACCACCAAUUGAUUCACCUUCUGCUGACAUUGAAAUUGAGACUUCAAAAUUCUUACUUACCCAUAUGGGAGAUAAGUUUUGUGAUCUGGUUGAAAUGGAAAGGGAAGCUCAGAAGUUACACUUAUCCACAGAUGUUACAAUUACUUGGAAGAGGGUUGUGCAGGGUGUACGUGAAAUGUGUGAUGUAUGUGAAACAACUUUGUUCAACAUUCAUUGGGUGUGUCACAAAUGUGGUUUUGUUGUUUGUAUAGAUUGCUAUAAAUUCAAGAAAAAUGGAGUAAGAAAAGAUCAGUUAUCUAGGAAGGAUAGAGAUGAGUUCAACUGGCUAUUUUGUUCAAAUAGGCAAGUCCAUGAUCAAGAGAAGCUUAUGUUAACUCAAAUUAUUGCUGGUUCUGCUCUAUGGGAUGUUGGAAAGUCACUUCAUGAAAUUCGCCAAAAAUGGAACAUUCCUUCAUAUUGUAAUUGUGGAUUGAACGAUUGUGAUCAAGAUAGUAAAAAUCCAACUAAUGGUAUAUGCAAGCUCAUGAGUGCUGUCACAAAAUGCUUUUCAUCAGAUAAAGAUUCAUCUAGAGAUGGCAAUGGAUCUUCUGAGUCAUCUCGGUCUGCCAAGCGUUCUGGGAAAGCAUCCAUGAAUGGCAUAGUGAAGCAAGAGGAUGGUUUGGGUGGUUAUAGUUCUGAAAGUGGUGGCUCACCUUUAAGUUGGUUAGCUGAUGUUGCUCUUAAUUCUUCUUCUAAAAUAAAGGAUGAUCAAAAAGACAAAGAUGAUGACGAAAGACUAUCUGAAGAUCUGGAUAGUAAUGCUGAUGCUUCAAAUGAAAGUGAUGAUGACGAUGAUAAAAGUGAAAAUUUUUCUACUCUCAGAGAGCUUCUGAUUCGACCCACUGGGAAAAUGGGUGGAAAAGGUGGUAGUGGUUCUAGUUCACAAAAAACACUUACUAGCACUUUAGAUGAAGUUAUAUCAUGUGUUAUAGAACAAAAAGUGAGAAAAUCUGAUAAGAAAUGCAAGGAAAAACAGUUGUUGCAUUUUACCAGACGGUACCAAAUGUCGAGAUCUGGUCGAGAACUACCUCCUAUUCGAACUUGCAUUCUUGCUGAAAGUUCUCUUUUGUACCCAGAAAUCCCUCACCUUUGGCUUGGAAAUGGGAAGAUUUUGUUAUUGAAAGAACCUUAUCAUUCUGGGAAUAUGCAAUUGUUUCAAGAACAGUGGAAACGAGGACAGCCUGUAAUUGUAGCAGAUGUGUCCAGAAACUUGGAUCCUUCUAUUUGGACUCCUGAAAGCUUUUUAGAAGAAUUUGGUGAUUAUAAAUGUGAUUUCAUUAAUUGUGCUUGUGGGACUCUACUGCCAAAUCAACCAAUGAGAAAAUUUUGGGAAGGAUUUGAGAACACAAACAAGAGAAUGAAAGGUGAGGAUGGAGCAGCAUUGACUCUGAAACUUGUUGACUGGCCACCAAAUGAUGAAUUUUCUGAGCUUUUGCCUUCCAGAUAUGACAAUUUAAUGAAAGCACUUCCUCUUCCCCAAUAUACUCACAGAGAUGGAAUAUUUAAUAUGGCUAGCCGUCUUCCUGAUUGCUUUGUUCAGCCUGAUCUGGGGCCUAAAAUGUAUAAUUCAUAUGGUUUAAGUUCCUCUCUCGGAAAAGGUUCCACAAAUCUUCACCUUGAUGUUAGUGAUGCUGUAAAUGUAUUAGCUUAUGUUUCAUGUGCCCCUGAUGUAAAAGAUGAGCUGCCUGAAUAUAUGAAAGCUUUAGAAGAUAGCGGAUGUGAUAAUUUAAUGAAAUUACGUGUUAAAGAAAAAGGAUCAAAACCAGGAGCUAUAUGGCAUGUUUUUAAUGCUCGUGAUGCUGAUAAAAUUCGGGACUUUUUGAACAAGGUAUCUGAAGAAAGGGGUGUAAAAUUAAAUCCUCAUCAUGAUCCUCUUCAUAAUCAAGGAUGGUACUUAGAUGAGAAACUGAGAGCUAGAUUAUACAAGGAAUAUGGUGUUGAACCAUAUACAAUUGCACAAUGCUAUGGUGAUGCUCUCUUUAUUCCUGCUGGAUCACCUCAUCAAAUUCAGGAUUUAUAUAGCUGUGUCAAAGUUUCAGAGGAUUUUGUUUCUCCUGAAAGUAUUGGUCAUAGCUUUUUCCUCACUCAAGAGAUACGAAAUUUAACGGAUGGUCCAGUUAAUCAAGAAGAUAAGCUUCAAGUAAAGAACAUCAUAUAUCAUGGUGUGAAAGAUGCAUUGGCUUUAUUGCAAUCUCAUGAUCCAGAAGACUCAAAACCAUAAGUUCAGCUUUCCAAGAACAACUAAAAUUCAUUUUUCUUCUUAAAAAGUUAAAAUUUCUUUAAAAGUGAUUCACUCAAAAGAGUGUUAAUAAAUCCUGUGCAUGAAUUGUAACUAUUUCUGUACUUUUUAUGUCGAAUGAUACUGUUGGACAUUUCUGUGGCACAAAUAAAAUUAUUUAUUGCAUUACUUUGAAAAUCAAAAACCUAAAUUUAUGUGCAACAUCUUGAUAUUUAAUACCAAACUUUGGGUAUUUUUAGUGUUUAACAAAAAGAAUGGAAACAGUAUUGAAUAUUAAGUGAAGCUUAUGUAUUGUAAGUGAUGUAGAUGUUUUAUUGAUUGCAAAAUGGGGGGGUGUCACACAUGCUUUUGUGAGUAUUGACUGGUUAUUUGUGUGAAGUUGAAUCUUUCCUACAAAUAAUAAGCAGUGAAUGUGCUUUGUUGUAAUUGUUGCAUGUAUGGCCAUUUGUGUGUUUGUGUAUAUCAUUGCAUGUUAAUUUAUCAUGCACAAAAGCACACAAGUUGUAUACCAAUUAUAUACAUUGUUAUAUCAGUUUUGAAAGUGUAAAAAUAUUGGUAUUGUUAAUCUUAUUUAAAAAUAUAAGUAUAUGUUAAGCUGUAAUACAUUUGACAGAACUAAGAGCUAUGUGUGAUGUUCAAAAGUUGAAAGUUGUUGUAGCAUAAUAUUUUUUCUUUGUAAAGUUGAAGAAGAAAAAGUGUAAUAAUUUGUUGGAUUGCUUGUUUGGGGCCAUAUAAGUUUAGUUUAUUUAAUUUGAUAGAUUUUUAAUGCUUUAGGGAUGUAACAAAAGUGCAAUUCUUUUUGUAAAGCACCUGAUAAGUAAUAUGAUAUACAAAGGCAAGAUUACUGCUAGAUGAAUUACCGAAAUGUGUUUCAACCUGUGCUUGGUUACAUCAUAUGUAAUAGGUUAAUUUGUCAGCUUUAUCAUUGGCAUCAUUUUAGUUCAUUUUGUAAAUAAUUUAUAGUGAUAUUUUUAUAUUGGAAAUGUUUUAUGUACAAAAUAUGCAUUUGUCUAUUUCCUUAUUCCAAAUGCCGAUUCAUAUUAAAAUGCUGAUGUUGAUAAAAAAGAUAA